AUGGCAGACAAUACCAAGGCAAAUCCGGAGGAAGUGAAGCAGCAGGCGCUCCUGCAUGCUUCGAAUGGAGGAGAGGAGCAAGACACUUUCGAUGAACCCGACGACGAACUGGAAGAAUUCGACGAGAUUGGCGGAGAUGACGGCGUUGUCGACACCGAGAUUGCCCAGUGGGACGAGGACUGGGACGCUGCAGGCUGGGAUGACGAGGACGUGAACGACGAUUUCUGCAAGCGACUCCAGCAGGAACUGGAAGCCUUCAAACAGAGACACCCAAAUGCGGCCAAGGCACAGCCACAAGCGAAGACCGCUACAGCGUAG